GUCACACAGAGGCUCCAGCUGUGCAGCGAACAGACACAAACCUACAACUGAGAUAACAGCAGACUUUACAACAGUAGAAGAUACAACAGUAGAAGUUACAACAGUAGAAGUUACAACAGUAGAAGAUACAACAGUAGAAGAUACAACAGUAGAAGAUACAACAGUAGAAGUUACAACAGUAGAAGUUACGAGAGAAGAAGAUACAACAGUAGAAGUUACAACAGUAGAAGUUACGAGAGAAGAAGAUACAACAGUAGAAGUUACAACAGUAGAAGUUACAACAGUAGAAGAUACAACAGUAGAAGUUACGAGAGAAGAAGAUACAACAGUAGAAGUUACAACAGUAGAAGAUACAACAGUAGAAGUUACAACAGUAGAAGUUACAACAGUAGAAGAUACAACAGUAGAAGAUACAACAGUAGAAGAUACAACAGUAGAAGAUACAACAGUAGAAGAUACAACAGUAGAAGUUACAACAGUAGAAGUUACAACAGUAGAAGAUACAACAGUAGAAGAUACAACAGUAGAAGAUACAACAGUAGAAGUUACAACAGUAGAAGUUACAACAGUAGAAGUUACUUCAUUUGAGCACAGCUGUGUAAAGAUGUCAGAGGCAACCUAUAAAAACAGAGAUGGAUUGAAAGGGGAAAAAACAAAUGAGACCAUGAAUAUUGAUGAUCAUAUACCGAUCAACAAAAGACCCAUCAUGCCCUGCAAGAAGGAUGGAGCUGGUGAUCAACAUUCAGUGUCUUGUCAGUGGUGGAAGAGAUACUCUGGAGCUGCUGCAGUGUGUCUGGGGCUUCUGUGUGUUCUCCUACUGGCUGGGAUCAUAGGCCUGUUUCUCUACCAGAGAAACCAAUUGACCUGUUCCAACACCCUGACCAAAGAGAGGGACCAGUUACAGACCAGUGGAAACAAUCUGACUGAAGAGAGAGACCAGCUACAGACUAGCAACAACACGCUGACCAAAGGGAGAGACCAGCUACAGACCAGCGACAACACCCUGACCAAAGAGAGAGACCAGCUACAGACCAGAUACAACACCCUGACCAAAGAGAGAGACCAGCUACAGACCAGUUACAACACCCUGACCAAAGAGAGAGACCAGCUACAGAAAGAGACAGAACUUCUGAAACAAUCUUUAGUUGAGAAAGUGUGUCCUCGAGGAUGGAAGAAGCUUGGUAGCAGUUGUUACUACGUCUCUACUGAGACAAAAUCCUGGGAGGAGAGCAGACAGGACUGCAGAAAUAGAGGAGCAGACCUGGUCAUCAUCAACAGCCAAGAGAAACAGGUAUUGGAACAGUGGAGAGCCUAAUGGUGGUGGAGCAGAGAACUGUGUGUAUUUCUACUCCAGGUCAUCAGACACAGGAGCUUGGUGGGACUAUUACUGUUACUAUAAAUACAGAUGGAUCUGUGAAAAAUAGGAUUCAUCCUCAGUACUCUCUGAACUGCUAAUUAAGAUUAUGCUAAGUUCUGUCAAUCGUAAACUAUUUUCUGCUCAUUCAACUUACCUUGUAAAGUACAUACAAUAUAUAACAAGACAAAUGUAUAACACAUUAUAAUAAAAAUAACAGAACAUAUGCAACAACAAUACAAUGAAUUGAUAACAGAAAGACUGUUCUCUCUGUUGUUGAGGAAAUUCACCACGAAGGACAAGAAAAUCUAAGGAACUGAAUCAAUCUUUAAUAUCACAGUCAUGGAGUUUAUUGAUGUUAAUUUUUAUUUGAAUUACUUUUUAUUUUAGUCUACUUGCUAAAUAUUUUUCUUAACUCUUCUUGCACUGCACUGUUGGUUAAGGGCUUGUAAGUCAUCAUUUCACUGUAAAGUCUACACUUGUUGUAUUCGGCGCGUGUAACAAAUAAAGUUUGAUUUGAUUUGA